AGCCACUAGGCUUAUAAAUUUCUUAAAUGCUCUGUAUGUAGAACUAUAUUGCUAGGUAGAUACUCUUGGGUCCCUUUAAGGAAUGUUGGCUUGCAGUUCCAAUUCAGAACCCCCAGAACAAGGGAUCAGUCUGCUUCAGUGGCCUGGAGGCAUUACUCUCUUGGACAUGGACCUUGAGGGGCCAAAAGGGCCAAAAAGAGGGCAAGUUCCUGUGGGAACACCCCUUGCUGAGAAAGUGUUUGGCUGUGUUUAGAGUUCCAGCAUCACAGCAAGGCUGUGAGAACUCCAAGCUGGUGCUAGGGAGGGGUGGGCACCUUGGGAUUCCAGAUAGCUGGAUGCUGAGGAGUUGGGAUUUGGGACCCUGAGCCACCAAGUCCCAAUACUUAGAAGCAGGACCAGCCUUACCUGCUUGGUAGAGAGCUGGAUUUUUGUGUUCUCAAUAGUGCUUAAAGUUCAACACAGGCUACUAAGUCUCAGGCGGGCAUCGGGGUUUGGGUUGUUAGGGUUCAAAAUAAAAACGAAGGCAGAUGUUAGGAAUUAGAGGGCGGUUUCUAUUUAGAUAUUGGGUCUAGGUCUGAUUAUGCCUUCCUAAUCCUCUAGACCGUCUCAGGAAAAUGAACCGUGGAAGAAAGAGUAAGUGAGGAAACCUAAUGGGCAGCGGGUUGGGGGAGAGGGGACCUAGAUACCGGAUACACACAGCUUCGGGGCUCAAACUGUCUUCAGGCUGACCACCAUCAACCAUAGAAGGUGGGGGGGAUCUGGACUCCAACAUUGGUGGCUCCCGAGAUAGCUAGAGCCUGGGGCCUCUGGUUGGGUCCUAAAGGGGAGGGGCUGGGAGAAAGAGUCAUAACUGACCUAGAAAGCUCAGGUCCCUCACCUACUAUGACAUCACUGGCACUCAGAACCCAAAUUGGUCAAGGGGAGGGGCUCCUGAACAGACAGAGCUGCCCUGCUGCCUGUGGCCACCAGCCUUGUGUUUCUCUCAGAACUUUGGAGGAUGAGUUCUCUGGUGUGAGGCUGCAGAAGCUGGAACAACAGCAACAGCUACUUGAGAAGAAGCAGCGCAGGAAGCGCCAGGAGCCCCUCAUGGUUCAGGCCAAUCCUGAUGCUUCCCUGAGGCACCGGCGACCAAGGCGUGGGGAUGAUCGCUUCCAGUGUGACAGCGGCUGGGGAUUUGGUACUGGGAGUCCUUUCCUCCAGGAGAAUGUACCACAGGCGCAUCUGCCCACCCGGCCCCCCAGUGCCCUGGGCUCCAUGAGCUGUGUCAGAGAUGGUGGUGGCCAGCGGGCCCCCCUUCUGCCACCCAGAGGAGCAGUGUAUACUCAGGGCGAUGGCGCUGCGGUCCACCGUCUGUGCUACCUCCCAGACACCUCAGAUUCAGAUGUGGAGGAAGUGACCAUGGAGGACAUCCUGGUCAUCCCCCCGCCGCCCAAGACACAUCUGGCAACCCGUUGCAGGGGCUGGUUAGCCUCCCCAGGACCUGGGAUCAGUGAAGAGGAAGAGGUUGAAUCCAAGGAUGCUGCCUUUGAGCCCAAGGCACCCAGUCCGGCCCCGGCCACUUCAGUGAGCUCUGGUAGGGUUCAGGGACUCUUGGCAUCCUGUGAGGAGAAAGAAAACACAGCACAAAAGGAUACAGAAACAAGGAGACCAGCCUCUGGCCUCGGGGAUGAAGACCUGGAGAAGAGAGAGGGCUCUGAGGCCUCCGCGUCUACAGGGACAGACAGCGCCCCAGUGGCGUCCAAGGUCUUGCAAGACAAUAAGGACCAAAGCAAGCACAGUGCUUGUAACUGGACCUGCCCGCCGCCCCGGCCCCCGGGCCCUCGGCUGGGGGAGGACUUGGAGGCUUAUGUGCUGCUCCCCGCCCCUCGAGACCAGGUGGUACAGUGCCGCAUCAUCCGAAACAAGCACGGCAUGGACAAGGGCUUCUUCCCUUCCUACUAUCUCUACCAGGAGGGCGCGGACGGUGUGGCACAUUUCCUUCUGGCUGGUCGGAAAAGGAAAAUAUGCAAAACCUCAAAUUAUCUCAUCUCUCUGGAUCCCAAAGAUAUGUCUCGAAACGGGAACAACUUUGUGGGCAAAGUUAGAUCCAAUAUCUUGGGCACGAAAUUUACCAUCUUUGAUAAUGGGGUGAACCCUGAGAGGAACUACUGGAUCCCAGACAGUACCCGGAUCAGAGAGAAGCUGGGAGUUGUGUGUUAUGAAAGCAAUGUCUUGGGGUUCCGGGGACCUCGGAAAAUGACUGUGAUACUUCCAGGAAUGGACAGGCGGAAGCAGAGGAUGAGAGUCCAGCCACAAAAUGAUCAGGAUUCGAUACUGAGUCGUCUACAAAAGGGUGCAAGACAAGGGCCGCUCCUACUGCAGAACAAGGCCCCAUCCUGGAGCGACGAGAGCGGCGGCUACGUGCUCAAUUUUCACGGUCGCGUCACGCGAGCUUCGGUCAAGAACUUCCAGAUUGUGCACCCCGAUCUACCGGACUACCUGGUGCUCCAGUUCGGCCGCGUGGCCCCAAACAUAUUCACUAUGGAUUUCCAGUAUCCUCUUUGCCCGCUCCAAGCUUUCGCCAUCUGCUUAUCCAGCUUCGAUGGGAAACUGGCAUGUAAUUGAAUAAAAUAUCAUCCCUCA